GGCUAGGUAGGAAAGGCCGUCCCUGACACUACUAUACCUUCUCAUCAAUGACGAUUUGCUGAUCUUUUUCGCCUUGGCAGCAUUAAAGGGCGAAGCUGUUAGGCUUCCCACGGCUCCUUACGUUUUGAAGGCUUUCGAUAGCCCAGAAGAAAUCACCGCAUGUAAAGUUAUAUCCGACGCUGAUAUGGGUGGAUUCACCAAGGCCAAUCUCGAUUGGAACCCGCCGGACGUCUCCUCGAGUUCCAAGUCAACAAAUAACUCUCGAGGGUAUGCAAGGUUCCACGGCAACAUAUCAAUUGAUCUUCCAGCAAACAAACCUCAAAUUCAACGCACCGGCUAUGCUGCUUGGAGGACUCGAGACAGACCACCAACGAUCUUCGGAAAAAGCCUCUGGGACAUCGACCCAUACACAUACUUGGCGAUGCGUAUAAAGUCUGAUGGGCGGAAGUACUUUGUCAACCUACAAACAGAAUCAAUUGUACCGAGCGAUAUACACCAGCACAGGGUCUAUGCUCGAAAACCGGGAGAAUGGGAAACUAUUCUCAUUAAGUGGAAUGAUUUCGUUCGCACCAACCAUGGAACCGUAAUGGAACCACAAACAGAACUAAUGCGCCAAAAGGUGAGAACUAUUGGCAUUGGUUUAAUAGACCGAGUGCCAGGAAAGUUUGAUAUUUCUAUUGAGAGCAUAUGGGCAACAAACAAUGCCACUAUGGGCGGUUCUAUUGAAGAUGGGGGAUUAGAGGAAGGCCAAUUGAAGAGCAAACAUGGCGCGAAUAUCAGAUGGAAUGGCAGUAAACCUUUGUAGCUUAGCCGUUGUACAAUAAUAAGAGCGGGUGAUAUCUGAUAUCGAGCAUCUAUGAUCACCCAGGAAGACUGUUGCAGGAAGUACCCGAAUACGGGAACCGUACACGAAUUGUAUGGCGUCUUCGGUCGUCGGGACUUCGGAUUUCGGCACAACGGAUAGAAAAACUCAACAGUAGACUACAGUAUAUAGAGUAUAUUGAUCAAUUGAAUUACUACCCUAUCUAAUGGGCC